AUGCAAGCAUGGCAUCAGCGACCUAUGCAAUGCGUUCUUUGCACAUUCCGUCGAACAGCUCCGUCUGCGCGCCGCAUCAGCAGCAGUCGGACACUGAGUCUUGAGAUCCGUCGCCAGAAAAUUAAACCAGCGGCAGGCUUUGAUAGAAGGGAGAGGGAUCACAAGAGACAAGAUCCUGCUGAACCUGUGAGGGGAAAGCAUGGCCAACCUGUGAUACGGAAAUAUGGAAAGGGAGACAACAUCAGCCACCUUUCUGACGCGGAGGAGAAACAAAAGCAGGCCUCUCACAUACAGAAAAAUAUCCAGACUCUGGAACAUCGCCUACGUGCGAGGACACCGACUGAUAGCGGCAAUGGCACCACUUCUGACAUGGAUCGAUUGGAUCCCACGGGGCAGUUAUGGCCAGCCUACCGUGCAUAUAUCUUGUCCUUGAAGGAGAAGGUGGCCACAUCAAAACGACCCUCAAAUGAUCAGAGGAUGUGGGAUACUUUAUCGAGCACAAAUAACGAAAGCUUGGAGAAGGAAUUAUACUUUGGCUUCCUCGACUUUGCUAUCAAACCACCAAGCGCUGAUGAGUUUAGCAAGUCAAAAUCCAUGCCCGUCGAUCUGCGCUAUCCGACCGAAUGGUACGCCUCAGCACGAAGAGCCCAGAGGGUCAUCCAUCUUCAUGUCGGUCCCACUAAUUCCGGUAAAACAUACAAUGCCCUGAAGAGACUGCAAGAGACGAAAAAUGGCUUCUAUGCUGGACCUUUGAGGUUGCUAGCACAUGAAGUCUACUCCAGGUUCAGAGCCAAUGGUAUAGCUUGCGACUUGGUCACUGGUGAUGAUGUGCGCCUUGAUGAAGACGCUGACACAAAGGUCUAUGCGUCCACGGUUGAAAUGGUCAACACCUCUCGUCACCACGAAGUUGCUGUGAUUGAUGAAAUUCAAAUGAUGGGUUCAGAAGACCGUGGAUGGGCUUGGACUCGCGCUUUCCUUGGUGCUAAUGCUAACGAGGUUCAUCUCUGUGGUGAGGAAAGAGUUGUACCCUUGAUCCGCGAGCUGUGUGCCUCAAUGGGAGAUGCUCUACAAAUCCACCAAUACAAACGUCUAAAUCCGCUUCGCUGUAUGUCCAGAUCGUUGCGUGGUAACAUCAAGUUACUUCGCAAGGGCGAUUGCGUGGUUGCUUUUUCCAUUAUGGAGCUGCAUGCUUUGAGGCGACAGAUCGAGCUUGAGACCAAUAGAAGGUGCGCUAUUGUCUAUGGUAGUCUGCCACCUGAAACCCGUGCUCAACAAGCAGAUCUCUUCAAUGACCCUGACAACGACUAUGAUUUCCUUGUCGCUUCCGACGCUAUAGGCAUGGGUCUUAACCUCUCUGUCAAGCGCAUCAUCUUCAGUAGCACCUCAAAAUUCGACGGUACGAAAACAGUGCAGCUCACCAUACCUCAGAUCAAGCAGAUCGCAGGCCGUGCCGGACGAUAUCGCUCUGCUCAUCAAGACAAGAACAAGACUUCCGCUACCACGACGGAUGCAAAGGAUGCUGCUGACGAGAACGUCGGUCUUGUCACUUGUAUCGAUGAAACUGAUCUUCCCAUCAUUCGUGAUGCACUUGCUACAGAAGCUCCACCAAUGCGAAAGGCCGGCAUCGUUCCACCUGCAGAAUAUUUGCAAGAGUACUCGACUCAACUUCCGCCUGGCAUACCCUUCGAGUACCUGAUGCGCAAGGUUUCGCACGCGGCUACGAUUCAUCCUCGCUUUUUCCUAUGCGACAUACGUGACAAGCUAAAGAAUGCACGCAUAGUGGAUGAUGUCCCUAACUUGACCAUAGAACAAAGAGUCAACAUAACCGCAGCUCCUCUUGGAGGUCGUGAUCCCAAGCAUGCAAAAUGUCUCCAGGCCCUCUCUCGUGUGAUAGCGCAAAACAAGCUGGUCACAGUAGCAGAUAUCCCUGAGAUACCGCUCGAGGUUCUAGCUCAAGAACCACAACACGAAAGAAGAUACCUAGAAGAACUCGAAAGUCUUCACAAGUGCUUAAUUCUCUACCUCUGGCUCAGUUACCGUUUCACAGCAGUCUUGCGCGAUCAGCCUAUGGCCGCCCAUGCCAAGGACUUGACCGAGCAGCGAAUCAAUCUGACACUGCGAGCAUUCUCUGCUAACCCUCGACUCAGACAGAGACUGCGUAAGAUCAAGGAGCAGCAAAAAGACUUCGUCGCUCCGGCCGUUCCCGAGAAAGCUGAAGCACAGGCGACAGCAGAGCCAACCUACGAUCCUGAGCGCCAGUCACGAGUAGAUGAGAAAGACCGAGAUCAGUACGAGGAUAAUUCCAAUCCUUUCAUGCUGGACGGACAAGCCGACGAGACCGUCGAAGAGCAUUUUAGAGAGCCGGCUUCGAUGGAAGCACCCUACGGAGCUGAACCUGGUUCAGAAACACAGCCAGAUUCUAAUAGCUUGACGUCCAAGACACCUAUACACGACACGCUACCUGUAACAGGGAAUUUAGACACGACAAGACCGGAGGAUCCUAUGCAACAGCAAAUAUCCAGCGCCAUCAACGAGGCCAACAUGUUUCACGCACGUUCUACGAACCCCGCCUCAGGACUACCCGAAAUCGACGCCGACACUCACGAUCUAGAUAUGACUUCCGGAACACAAACCGCAGACCAGGAACCUGCAUUCCAAGAACGACUCCCACCAGACAGAGACACCAGCGAUGAAGUGGUCAUAGACCCGGCUGAGGCAGAAGCGAUCGCGCAGAUUGAGGAUAAGGAAGAAGGUGUCGACAUGUCGACGGAAUCAGAGUCUGGCACGACAAGGAUACCUGAGAGGAAUGAAGAUGCUGACGAAGAGGAGGUUGAGCAGCCAAAGGCCGCGAGUGGUAGUGCGUGA